UGUUUUGAGGGCGUAGUUCCAACAAGUGCACAGCAUUAAUUUGUAUUACUAAUCCGCGUUGCGUGUGUGUUUUUGCUGCGUCCAGUGGAGUUUUUGUUUUAAAUUUUGUUUCGUUUUUAAUUUUAAUAGAGACUGCCCAGGCAGGCAAUAAACUCCCACACAGACACAUACACACAGACAGAGACAGUCCAACAAAAACAUGGCUUUGUUCCUGCCUGCGACAAUUUUGGGGCGCAGCUAUUUGUUUUUUGGGCUUGUUCUAAUUGUGGGUGUGGUGUUUGCUCAACACGAGUGGCAGGCUCGAGAUGCGUUCGAUGAGAUCAAGAUACAAUUCGAUAAGGUGAAUGCAGACAACUGUCCGAUACAGCAUCAUGCGGAUCUGUUUAUGCCCGUGGAUGCCGUCUCCCACAAACCGGACAUAAAGGAAGUCAAUGUGAAUCCGGUGUUCCCAAAUCGCACCGCCUUGCUGCAUCUACAGAAUAUGGCGUUGAGUCGCAGCUUCUUCUGGAGUUAUAUAUUGCAAUCGCGAUUCAUACGUCCGGCUAUUAAUGACACCUACGAUCCGGGCAUGAUGUAUUAUUUCCUUUCCACAGUUGCGGAUGUUUCCGCUAAUCCCAGCAUCAAUGCAUCGGCCAUUUACUUUUCACCAAAUAGCUCGUAUUCAUCGUCGUAUCGCGGUUUCUUCAAUAAGACCUUUCCGCGUUUUGGACCGCGCACAUUUCGCCUGGAUGAUUUCAAUGAUCCGAUUCAUCUGCAAAAGAUUUCCACGUGGAACACGUUCGACGUUCAAGAUUUGGGGGCGCAUCAUCCUGACUCAAUAUCAAAGGAUUACACACAUGAUCUGUAUAAGAUCAAUGAAUGGUACCGCGCCUGGCUGCCGGACAACGUUGAGCGCAGACAUGACACAAAGAUCACGUAUCAGGUGGAAAUACGCUAUGCUAAUAACACAAAUGAAACAUUUACAUUCCAUGGUCCGCCGGGCUCUGAAGAGAUACCGGGUCCCAUUAAGUUUACACGUCCCUACUUUGAUUGCGGUCGCUCCAACAAGUGGCUGGUAGCCGCUGUUGUUCCAAUUGCUGAUAUUUAUCCGAGGCACACCCAGUUCCGGCACAUCGAGUAUCCCAAAUACACCGCUGUCUCAGUACUGGAAAUGGAUUUUGAGCGUAUUGACAUCAAUCAGUGUCCGCUGGGCGAGGGCAAUAAGGGUCCAAAUCAUUUUGCGGACACGGCACGCUGUAAAAAAGAGACAACCGAAUGUGAACCCUUACACGGCUGGGGCUUCCGUCGUGGCGGCUAUCAAUGUCGCUGCAAGCCAAGCUAUCGACUACCCAACACAGUGCGGCGACCCUAUCUGGGUGAAAUUGUUGAGCGCGCCUCAGCCGAACAAUAUUACAAUGAAUACAAUUGCCUCAAAAUUGGCUGGAUACAAAAGCUGCCCAUUCAGUGGGAGAAGGCGCCGUACUAUGUGCGCGAAAAGUAUUUGGAUAUGCAUCCGGAAUAUCGGAAUUAUACGACAGGCUCUCGAUCAUUGCACGCCGAACAUUUGAAUGUCGAUCAGGUGUUGAAAUAUAUUCAUGGCGUCAAUUAUCGCACAUGCAAAAACUUCCAUCCACAAGAUCUAAUAUUGCGCGGCGAUGUUAGCUAUGGCGCCAAGGAGCAGUUUGAGAACGAAGCCAAAAUGGCUGUGCGUCUGGCCAAUUUUAUUAGCGCAUUUUUGCAGGUAUCGGAUCCCAAUGAGGUGUAUUCGGGAAAACGUGUGGCGGACAAGCCGCUGACCGAGGAUCAAAUGAUUGGCGAGACCCUGGCCAUUGUUCUAGGCGACAGCAAGGUCUGGUCGGCGACGACGCUAUGGGAGCGCAAUAAGUUCACAAAUCGCACCUAUUUUGCACCCUAUGCCUACAAAACGGAGCUGAACACGCGCAAGUUCAAGGUGGAGGAUCUGGCGCGUUUGAAUAAAACGCACGAAUUGUAUACGGAAAAGAAGUACUUCAAGUUUCUCAAACAGCGUUGGAAUACGAAUUUUGAUGAUCUCGAAACGUUCUACAUGAAAAUCAAGAUACGACACAAUGAGACAGGUGAAUACCAGCAAAAGUACGAACACUACCCCAAUUCGUAUCGUGCGGCAAACAUUAAGCACGGCUACUGGACGCAGCCGACAUUCGACUGUGAUGGCUAUGUGAAGAAGUGGCUGGUGACCUAUGCGGUGCCCUUCUUUGGCUGGGACAGCCUCAAAGUCAAACUGGAAUUCAAGGGUGUCGUCGCCGUCUCCAUGGACAUGCUGCAGUUGGACGUUAAUCAGUGCCCGGACUGGUAUUAUGAGCCAAAUGCCUAUAAGAAUACGCACAAGUGUGAUGAGAAAACAUCAUAUUGUGUGCCCAUUAUGGGACGUGGCUAUGAGACGGGCGGCUACAAGUGUGAAUGCCUGCAGGGCUACGAGUAUCCCUUUGAGGAUCUGAUCACCUACUAUGAUGGCCAGCUGGUCGAGGCCGAAUAUCAGAAUAUUGUCGCCGAUAAGGAGACACGCUACGAUAUGUUCAAGUGUCGUUUGGCGGGCGCGUCGGGUUUGCAAUCAGCGCUGGGUUUGGUCAUCUCACUAUUUGGCCUGACACUCACGCUGCUCUAUAGAUUUAGUUAAGCCAAAUAAUGCUAACAUCAAUUUCCGUCCAUACGAAUCUCACCUUAACAAAAAUAGAAGAAAAAACACAAUACUAAGAAAAAAACUGACAAAGCAAAACCAGCUCAAAGACACAAAAUUGACACCCAAAACAAAACGCAAUACUGCCCAAAAAAAAAAUGAAGUAAAGAAGAAGAAGUUGUCCGUAUUCUCCACGUAUUCCAUAUAUAUUUAUAUAUAUAUAUAAAUAUAUACUGAGAUGCGCCUUUGAACAUUGUCAUCAUUUAUCUGCAAGGCGAUUAAGUUGUAGACAUAAUCUAUUACAAUGAAUCUGGUUAUUUGUCAUUUCUAUCAAAGAGCAGCAGCAGCAGCAGCAGCAGUAGCAGAAGCAGCAGUAACAGAAAAGCGCAAACAGCCGCGCCUACUGUGCUCAGAUUACGGAAGCGUCGUCGUCGUCCUUUGCUAAUGUCCGUGAAGUUGCACAGCUGUAUAUGUAUGUGUGUGUGUGUUUGUGUUUGUGUGUGUGUGCUUGUGCUCGCUGGAAACCUGUUAACAUCAAAACCCAGUUAGGCCUCGUACCCUACACCCAUCCUCUAUAAAGAGAGGGUUGUUUGUGCCUGCCUGGUCAGCGCUAAAAAAAAAAAAAGAACAGAAGAAAAAACGCCUGCCGUCGUGUUUUUCCUAUAUUAAAUCGUCGGCUGGUCCAUUGGCUGCUUUUUUGCCUGAAUUAAAUAUGCCGCCGUUUUUUUUUUCUUUUUGCAUUUUGCUUUUUUCAUUGAGCGCCUUGAUUAUCAUAUGCGCUUGAAUUUUUAUUAUCUAUAUACCCUGAGAACUUUUUCUAUGCGUCGCCUGGAAACCAGUUUAUCAGCCACUUGGUCUCCUGCCAGGGCAACAACAACACACACACAUAUACAGAAAAAAACUUUACCAGCGCUUCUUUUUUUUCAUUAAAAAAUUGGCCAUGAGUAGCUGGACUUGCGACUUGGACACACACAAAAUAUUUUCACACAUUUUUCAUAGUCAGUAUCAGGGGCAACAACAACAACAACAACAAACAAUAUCGGACGCCGCCGGUGGGCAGUGACGACCGCUGCGUUUUGGGCAACUCCUCCAUUUCCAUUACCAAUUGUGCCGUUGCCGGCUGCAGGCACGUCCUUUUACAAGGAGCCAUCAUUUCGCAGCGGGUACGCGCUUUGGUUUUUAUUAUUUCUAUUUUCUAGUGUGUCUCACAGUUGACUUUUGUUUCUCAAAACUAUUUACUAUCUAUAUCAGUUUGUAGGACAGUACAAAUAAUAUCGUAUCAAACAUAAAAAGUGAAAAGAUUAAUUGUGCCUUAAUAAAGACAAAGAAAUUCUUGCUCGAAUAUUAUACUACAUAUAUAGACUACGUCGUAAGUCCGUCCAUUUAAAAAUGUCUUCAUUAUAUUAUUAAGUGCCUUGAAUUUGUAAAGAAUGAAUAUAUUC